GGAGAAGAGCGAGGCAUGCAGCAGCCACUCAGUCAUUUAGUCAAUUGUUUUCCUUCUAGCUGAAUACGUAUUCUCCGAGGACUAGUGCUAUACUUCUUCUUGAGGCCAGGAUUCUUCCUGUUUUUGAAGACACGUAAAAUCCUAAUUCAUUUGAGAAGGAGAUUCCUGUUUUUCUAACUUUAUUCCUAUAAUUUUGAGCUUCUUGUGUGAUAUUCUCAACCUGCUAUAAUCCAGCUUUGGCUGCUGUUGUAUGUUGACUGCUGGAGUGGUUUAAAUUGGCUUGUUGUCCUGCAUCUGCUGCUAAAUUUUGGAGAAAGUUCUGUCUAAAAUUUGACGUUAGUGGAGCACGAAAGGGGGAGGAACCUCACAGGAUGGUUUGACUUGGAAGAGAGAGUGAUCUUUUGUUUCCUGCAUCUUCUCUCUUGCAAAGAGAGAGAAGUCAUUGGUUUUCAGGAAGGAAAAGGAGACUGAUGUGGGAGAAGACCACAAGGUGUUGGACGUGAAGCUUUCAUAUUCCACAGACCAGGGGAAAACAUCGUUUAUUUUGCAAAGAGUGAGAAGCACGUCUUCUAUUUUUGGGAAAAUAAUUUUCUAGUUUUUAUUUCAAGUUUUUGCUUCUGUUACAGCAUGGCUGGGAUGUAUGGAUGCUUCAAGGGCAGGAACAGUGACAGUGCUGCCAUGGCAUCAGGACCUCCAGAUGGGAUGGCCAAUCAGGAGCCUGCUGAGGUCCAGGAAGAGUGCUCAGGAAAGAAAAAGUCCAAGUUCCAGACGUUUAAAAAAUUCUUUGCCAGGAAGAAAAGAAAGGAGCAAUCAGCUGUUGGAGCAGACACGGGGCUUAAGGCCAGUCAGUCGAGCGACAAUGUCAGCAAAACAUCAGAGAAUAACACACUCACUCGAUCGGAGAAGGAUAAGGGCUCUGGGUCAAAGAUCAGCCUGGGCAGCAAGGCCUUGUCACACGACUCGGUCUUUGUUUCUGACUCAUCGGAGGCCAACGAGGCUCUGGGGGCGUCUCAGGACAGCAUUCAUGGGAAAGUGAAAUCACUACAGCUUCAGUUGAAGCAGGCCAUCAAACUGGGCUCUCCUCCAUCCCUGGUGUGCGUGAAGAGGACAGAGGAUGCUGGAACCAUGUCUGAGGAUGAUGGUCUACCCUGCAGUCCACCUGAAUACACCACACUUCACACAGUCAUGAAUCAGGCUCAGAGGAACAGUUCGAUCAGUCUGGAGGGAGUAGACAGUGAUGACGACCAGCUGUCCUGUGCAGCCUCCAGUAGAGCAAUGAGCCCCCUGGUGGUUCCAGGGGACUUCAGUCAGCCAGCCAGUCCCUUCGCCUGUCUGGACAACUCCGCUGCCAAACACAAGCUGGGCCUGAGACACAAAGCCUGCAACAAGAGGAAACCUGCCAGUAGGCUGGAGAUGAAAACAGAGGGAGACUCUGUGGUGGACGAGAUGCUGAACACUUCCAAAACAAAAGCUUUGGAGGAGCAAGAACAACCAGAUACAGAAGUUGCAAGUUUUGAUGAGCUGAAACCAAAAGUGGAGAGAGAAGAGGAAGGAGGAGGAGAAGAAGUAGAAGAAGAAGAAGAGGCGGCAGAAGAAGAAGAAGAAGAAGACAACGAAGAAGAGGAGGAAGAGAAGGAAAAGGAGCAACCACAGCAUUCCAGACAAUCCCUGUUGAGAGAUAAGGAGGAGAGGGAGGAGGGAGAGGAUGAGUCGGAAGCAGAACAGGAUGUUUCUCACAGCCCGGACACUUCCUCUCCUCCUGAGACGAUGCUCUCAGAGGAGGAAGCCCCGGAUGCCCAGCCCCUGCCCUCCUCCAGGCCCAGCUCCAGAGCCUCCUCUAUGGCCAGUCCCAGGGCCACACCAGAGCCCUCUGCUGGUCCAAGAGAGUAUUUACUGGAACCUCCAGGUAUUGCCCAAGGAGCAGAGGAGAACGAGGCUGACAGUAAGUUGGGAGCAGAAGAAGAUGGAGUCCAGGAAAACAAGGAGGAGGAGAGCUCCUUCUUACAGGAGGUACUGAGUUCCUUGAAAACUCCCCUCACAUCUUGCCCGCCGGGUGUGGAGACUGAGGGGGUCGUCCUGGAGUUGGAAGAAGAGGAAAAAGAGGAAGCAGAGGUAGAAGAUGGAGAGGAGGUGAAGGAGGAGGAGGCAGAGGGGGAUGAGCCUGUCAGUUAUCAGGCUGCUCCCUCGGGCUCUCUACUGUUGGGUCACGCCACAGAGGAAGAGGAGGAGGUUUCCAAUCAUUCCUGCCAAGAAGAAGUGGUUCUCACUGAAGAAGAGGAAGAAGAAGAAGAAGAAGAAGAAGCAGAGGAGGAAGAAGAACUAGCUGUGGAACUAUUCAGUCAACAUGGUCAAAAAGAAGAAGCAGGGAAAGAGGAGGCAGAGGAAGUCAAACCUGAGGAGAAAAAUGAUAUGCUUACAAGAAAAACUGACAUCCAGGCACAGGAAGAAAGACAAGAGGAAGAGAGUGAGAGAGAGGAGGAAGCAAUAGAGCUGGAGAAUGAGCCAGAGGUGGAGGAGGAGGAGGGAGGGGAGAAGAGAGAAGAGGAUGAUUUGGAGGUGGAGGCGAAGGAAGUGGGCGUGAGAGUGGAGGAGGCCGAGGAAGCAAUUGAUGAAGAGCGGGAGGAUGACGAGGAGAUGACGGAGACCUUUCCUGAUGCAGCAGAUGAAGAAGUCGGAACUGCCAUGUCAGUGCAGGAGGCAGAUGAAGGUGCAGAUGCUGCAGUUGGAGAUGACGCUUCGUGCACUGUAAUGGCAACAAGCGAUGAUGAAAUCCCUACAGAACUGGGUGAUCGGGCACGCGCCAAGGUGCAGGAGGGGCAAGAAAACUCUGAGGUGGCGGAGGAAGGUGUAGAGGUCGACCGCUCUGAACAAAAACCCGACCAAGAGGACGACGCGGAAGCAAACCCACCUGAUGUGGAUGAAAAGGUCGAAAUGUCCUAUUUAGACAAAAAGCAAGAGGAAAAAGAUCAAACUGAGGCCACAGAACAAGCUACUGUUUCUUCCAAGCUGCCUUCUCUGUCUCUUCCAGAGUCACAUUAUGAGACUCAAUCACAAGAGAGUGGGGCUCUCUCCCCCAGUAAGACCAGCACUACCACUAUCCACAUAAACCUAGUCUCUCCCAGCUCAGAGAAAAUCACGUCUUUCUUCCAACAGUCUCCAACUGCUGCAGAUCUCAAAGAACAUGUCACUGAAUCACCCGAUCGUGCUGUAGCAUCUACAGAUCAAGAUCGAGCUGACGAAGAAAAACCGUUGGCCCUGGAAGAAGAAGCUACACCUCCUGCCUCUGUGGAGCAAACAGUCAACCAGCCACCCAGUAGUUCGGAUCAGAGCAAAGCCCGCUUCACCAUCGCCCCCGUCUGGCAGAGAUCACAAAGUUUGACUCCUCCCUCCUCUCCACCCGCCUGCGCCUCCUCUCUGUCAUCUGCCACCACAGGCCCCGGAAGCGAGGAGGCGGAGGCUACGACCAAGAAGGAUCCGGCCGUGAAAGCAGAGCCUCCGAGCUCGCCUAAGGUUGAGCUGGUGUUGAGUCCUGGUAGAGCGAGGAAUGCUGGGAGCGCCGCUGCCAAACCGCAGAGCAGUGCGACAUCGUCGCCAUCCUCUGUUAAACCUCAGGCCUCAGGUGCUGCAAGCACAGAAGAGAGCUCUGUCGUAGUGGAGGGAAGCCCCGACAACCCGUUUGGGGUCCGGCUGAGGAAGACGUCAGUUCUGCACCGCUUCAGCUCAGAGGAGGACAACACAGAGUCUCCCAUCGAGACUCCAAUUCCGCCAAUCGGCUGUAAAGCUGAGCCACCACAGCCAAUCAGUGUUAAGCCCACUAUAAGUCAGCCAAUCGGUAACAAGCCUGCCCUCCCUAAGAAGCCAGAUGUACAUGGAGACGGUGGAGGAAAGGCCAAGCGUAUCUCAGACCCAGCUGUAGCUCGUGGUGUUUCUGGCGGACCGGAUUCUCCCAGUUGGAUCUCUAUGGCCAAACAGAAACAGAAGAUCUAUAAAGAAAACUCACUGGAUGAGAUUACUGUCAAGAAGGAGGAACAAGAGAGGAAAUCUUCCCUGCCAAUGUACGUCAGCUCAGCUGCAAGCAGGGAGCACAGCAGCAAAACAGCUGAAUCCCCAAGCAAAGUGAGUUCGUUGGAGAUCAGCAAACCUUCAGCAUCUGUAGAAAAGGAGGCAAGGAGAGCUCUCUCUCCUCCAACUCCAGUGCCACCUCAACCUUCAAAAGCCCAGUCGCUGCCCUGUCCGGUCCCUCCGAAACCCCAAGUUCCACCUGCCUCCACAAAACCUCCACCCCAACCCAACCCAGCCCAAAGAUCCCUGUCCCCCCUUUCUCCGGUUCCUGUUCCCCAAAAAUCGCCCUCUUGCACAAGCCCGCCAUCUCUCUCCAUAGCUGCCACCUCUUUACCUUCCUCCCAGACGCCCCAGCCCCAGAGUACGACAGCCACAUCCACUCCUUUUUCAUCGAGAACCGCUCCAGAAAAGUCUGGUUCGAGAGCUCCAGGUCUUUCUGGACAGACCCCGCCCUCCCAGCGAGGCCUGCCUCCUCCUGCUCUGCCCCAGGACGAGCCUCCAUGGAUGGCGCUGGCCAAGAAGAAGGCCAAAGCCUGGAGCGAGAUGCCCCAGAUCGUCCAGUGAUGAGCCAGCUUUCAGUAAGCUCCUGUACAGGGGCCUAAGCUGGCACAAAGGUCCCAAGAGGGUCACAUCUGAAAGUGCGUUGAAGUGGGCCGAGAGUCUGGAUGGACCAGAAUGCAUUUGCACACAAAGAGUUGUUGUUGUUUUCUGUUGUUUUCUUCUUAUCCUGACUUCAGGCUUCAGAUUGGUACAAACUCUCCAGUCACACAGCCAAAAACGGGCUCUGUUUAACCCCCCCUCUUUCUUUACGUCCUUAUGUUGUACAGUCAUGUUUUCUAAAUGACCCCUAAAGUUAAUGUGUCAUACUUGAAGUGGAUCCAUAUUUUUGCAACAGUCUUAGUAUGUUAUGAGGUGCCUGAAUAAAAAGAAAAUAUAUGUAGUUUCACAGCAGUAAAUAUUAUUAAUAUUAAUAAGUUAACCCAAAUGAUUCCAGCUGAUAUCACUAAACAUUUCAGGGAAGGCAAGAAGGAGACUUUAUUUUAUAGAGAGGAUACUUUAUUCACAGAAGAAAGAGACAAAGUAAAUCUUGGGGUUAGUGAUUCAUUCAUUCUGUCUCGUAAGAAUGAGUGGACAGGAUGCCGUUUCUCUCAGUCUCAGUGUGCUUCUGUGUGUUUGUGUGUGUGUGUGUGUGUGUGUGUGUGUGUGUGUGUGUGUGUGUGUGUGUGUGUGUGUGUGUGCCUUUUUAUUUUAAGGCAGUGAUACGCGCCCACAUUUUGAGAAAUGUGGCAAAUCUUCACGGCCAGAGAGUAAAAUGAUCUAACACGCCCGUUAAGCUGGAGAAAAAUGUCCACAACUGACUGCUGCUGGUCAUGAGUUUCGGUCGGAUUCGCUGAUCCACGGUUCCUCUGUGUAUCAGGUUCUUUAGACAAAUAGAUUUCUUAUAACAUGAUCCACAGAUACUAAACUAAGGAUGUUUGUCGUGUUAGCGAGUGCUGAGUGCUGUCUCCAACAUAAUUCAGGCUGAUAAUGUAAAUUAUAUUUUUUAAUUUUCUCUUUUGAUAUUUUGAAUACAUAACUACAGAUGAUAUGUCAGUAUCCUACAGAAAUCUAACGUCUCCAAAAAGUUAGCUGUUCAGGAAUUAAGAAGAACUAUCAUUACACUGACCUGUGUGUCUUUUUAAUAUUUUUUUUUUUUUUUUACUGCAUCAUCAUGUUGGCAGCGUGUUGCAGUUUACAAAACAUUUUCCACUUACAACAAAGCAUGUAAAUAAGUCAAUAUACAGAUUUAGCUACUUGGAGAUUGGUUUGCUGCAGGAUGCAAAGCAUCACUAAAGGAACGCGAGUGUCACAGCUGAAAGUUUCCUCUGUAUCAAUUAAGUCUAUCUAUCUCACAGUAAGUAUAUUUGUUUUAUGCAUUUGUUUGAUUUUUGUAUUGCCUUUUGAGAAUUUGUCUUGUACAUAAAAUGUGCAGUAAAGAACAAAUGAAAUUG